ACAGCAGAUAACAGCCGGCGGCGUCUGGUGUGGACUGCGCUCUUACGCUGCAGUGACUGUCGAGUUUACGUCCUGAGCCGGCAGCCAGUCUAGCGACGUCUACAACUGACUACACGGGGGAAUCUGGACAUGCAGAGGCUGCUGCCAUGGCUGGUUAUAAUGGUGACUGUUUCACACGAGAUGGCGUAUGUCUCAACACAAAGCCUCUCUGGAAUGGCAAGGGAGGUGUCCAGUGUGCAUGCCCCAGAUGGAGUCCAUUUUCCCAACACCUAUCUUGACCAGCAGUUUCCAUGGCUGGUUGAUAGAAGUAAAAUUCAGCAGGAUGCACAACUCCUCCAAGAGGCUCAGUACAAUUUCGAGUCAGCUCCUGUGAAACGAGAGGCAGCUCCUCAGUAUAACUGCCACCAGGACUCACAGGCGAGAGUUGUCUGCCACCAGGUAGUUGCAGGUCUCGAACACUCAUAUGGCCAGCAAGCGAUUCGGCAAAGGCUAUUUGUAGAUGUGCAAGAAGAAGGUGUCCACCAGGAGAAUAAUCACAAGAGAGUAGUGCGCCAAGAUGAUGCAAACCGCCAGAAUGGAGACCAACAAGACGGACACCAGGAGGAUCCACCCCAGUCAAAUGUGGCACAACAACAAGACCCACCUCAGUCAAAUGGGGCACAACAAGACCAACCCCAGUCAAAUGGGGCCCAGCAGCAGGAUCCACCCCAGCAACAGCAGGCGGACCUUCCCCUUUGUCCAGAGGACAGCAGCUGCUCCUGUGAGACUGUAAGUGGGGUCGUGAGGGUCGACUGCUCCAGCUCUGGGCUGGACCAGCUGCCAGCCGGGCUGCACCCCAACACCACGCGGCUCUCACUGUCUGGAAACAGCCUACAGCAGUUUGGCAACGACUCACUGGCAGGUCUCCACAGGGUCAUGCAGCUGUACCUGGACAAGAACAACAUCAGCGACGUUCACGAGGACGCUUUUUCUGGGAUGCCGAAUCUGCGCGUCGUCGAUUUCUCCAACAACCGGCUGUCAACUCUUCCGUCCAGUGUCUUCACGUCCAACGGGAAGCUGCAGAAGCUGGACCUGAGUAGGAACCCAAUCCACCUGACUGGGGGCCGGAUGCUGGACUCUGCCUCCCUGUACUGGCUCAACCUGUCGUGGUGUGGCAUCUCCAGCCUACCGGAGGACUCUUUCAAGGGCAUUCCGCAGAUGGUCAUGCUCGACCUCUCCGAGAACCAACUGGUCGUACCAACAGCUCUGGCCCUGGAGACGCUGAGCGGGCUGCGGCGGCUGCCGCUGGUGGGGAACCCCGUGUCGUGCUGCGAGGUGGGCGAGCUGCGCGCCUGGGUGGAGAUGCGGCGCGUGUCGGUGAUCCGCAGGGAGCUGUCGGUGGGGCCGCUGCCCACCUGCGCACAGCCCGAGGGCCUGCGCGGCCGCCCGUGGACCGCCGCCGCCGGACACGACGCGUGCGUUCAGCGGCUGGACGUGGCCGCCGUCGUGGGCUGCGACGACGCGGGAAUGUACGAGCCGCCGCCCGUGGCGAACCCGAAGGAGGUGGGCUGGGCCGGGCCGCUGGCCUGGGAAAGGCGCAGGCCGUCCGGACCCCGGUACGUGGCCUCCUUCCGGUCGCCGCACCCGCCCACCGUCUACGACGACGCCGUCGGCGCCGGGCGCAAGGCGUCGGCCCGCCGCCGCGACGCACCCGAGUCGCCCACCUCGCCCACGUACGACGACGCCGUGGGCACCGGCCGCACGUCGCCACUGUACGAGUACAUCCUGGGGUCAGACGGGCGACGGUCUCUGGGGGCGCCGACCAGCCCCGGCGAGAAGCCGCCCCACCACUCCUCCAUACCGUCGGUGUUGGAGGGCUGCGACUUCUACGAGGACGCCUGA